GUGGAAUCAUCGUGCCUACCGGACUGGUGUGUAACAAUUCAAGUGGCAGACCCAUGACGUGGAUUAAGUCUUGGCACCCCCGCAAGCAACGGCAUUCGCCUUCCCGCCAAGAACGCCCAGGACGAACAAGCGGGAAUGCAUUGUGACAAGCCGUUUGACGCUUUGAUCCGAAUGGACGCCGUUGCUUCAAUGGCGCGCUGAAACAAAUUUCUCUUUGGGCGGCUUUUUUUGUCGACAGGCAUUCGAUCACCGUCGCCUGCAUCUACCUUUUGCGUCCUGUCCUCUGAUCCUCUUCCCUCUUUUGAUACCAAAACCUUUAGACGGGCUUCAAAACGAAGCCAUUCCUAAAAAAAAACACAUCUAAAAAGUCCAAGUCUUUCGUAUCAAUUCUGCCAAUCUCAGCUACAACAGCAGGGUAUCCCGCGAAAAUGACGACCAGGAUAGUCGCGGUGGCUGCACUGGGCCUGCUCUGUCACGCUAAUGCGGUCAGCGCCCAGGACAACUCGGGCGCCUGUGCCAAAAUUCUAGAACCAGCAAAUGGAAGGCCUGUAUUCGGGGGCGGUUGGGUCGGACAAGUCGCCGCUAACAAACUCAACUCUCCUCGCGGUAUCAUUCUGGACAACAACGGAAACCUCUUGGUCGUGGAAAAAAGUCGCGGAAUUCGGAGGAUAACCUGGAAAGACGAUGGCGGUGUGUGCGUCAACGUGGACAAGUCGGAAUCUUUGGUGCAGAUGAGCGAGUUGAACCAUGGCAUCGAGCUUUCCGAGGACGGCAAGACGCUGUAUGCUUCAACUGCCGAUGUCGUGUACUCCUGGAACUACGAUGCCGCCGCAGGAACCGUCAGUGACAGGAAGACGCUGGUUCAGAACAUGACCAACUCGGGCCACACAAGUCGCACCUUGAUGCUUUCGCGGAAGCAAAAGGGCAUGCUUCUUGUUUCCCGCGGCUCGGCCGAGAAUAUGGACAUGAAGACUCGGAACGUAGCGUCUGGGAUCUCACAGAUCCGUGCGUUUGACCUCAACAACAUGCCCGAUGGUCGACCUUUCAACCAUGCGUCCGAGGGCAAGCUGAUCGGCUGGGGUCUGCGAAACUCGGUCGGCAUUGCAGAGCACCCGGUUACUGGCGGCAUCUACAGUGUUGAGAACUCGGCAGACGAUGUCGAGAGGAUGGGCCGCGACAUCCACCGCGACAACCCUGGAGAGGAAAUGAAUUUCCACGGUCCACUGAACGACAGCUCUUUGCAUGGCCGCAAUUAUGGCUACCCUGAUUGCUUCGCUUUGUGGGACACCAAUAUCCCUGACCGCGGUAGCAUGACUACUGGGAGCCAGUUCGCCCUCGGUAACAUCCAAGGGGUCAACGAUGAGAAGUGCGCCAAGGACUACCAAGCCCCGAGGCUAACCUUUGAGGCCCACACUGCGCCACUCGAUAUGAAGUUCUCGAAAGAUGGCAGCGAGGCUUACGUUAGCUUUCAUGGAAGCUGGAAUCGCGAUGAUCCUAUUGGAUACCGCCUCUCGCGCAUCCAGUUCGAAAACGGCGAGCCCAAGGAGCGCCCUGAUAGCCGUAGUCCAACGUCAGACAUCAUGUCCAAUCCCGAUCUUUCCGCCUGCCCACGAGACCGCUGCUUUAGGCCCGUCGGCUUGGCCGUUGAUUCUCAAGGCCGAAUCUUUAUGAGUUCAGACAGCACCGGAGAAAUCUUUGUUUUGCGACAGGCCGACAAGUCCACCAGCGGCACCGGAAACGGUGGAAACAACGCUGGUGGCGGUAACGGCAGCGCCGCCCCUUAUCUUGGUAGCUCCAGUCUACUUGGAAGUCUCCUGCUUAUGCUGUACUAUUGCUACACCGGACUAGUGCGCUAGUUUAGAAAGCUUGGCAGCAAGGCACCGCGGAGAUGUGAUAUUUUCUUAGAGGGUCCCACAGAACCAGACAGACAGUCAAGAAUUGACGAGAAUUUGCUAUUCAG